UCUCCUUCUGUAUAUUAGAAUUAGAAUACCAAACGACCCGUCAGUAUUAAUAUUGAUAUAAAUUUUAAGACAUGUACCGGGUCCCAUUUGGAGCUGAGGCAAUAUAUAUACGAAUACGAUCUCCCUCUCCUCUCUAUCUUGUGAAUCUGGUACGAGGAGAUAAUGUGAUGCAAAUCAAUGGAUUCUACCCGCAGUUCUCUGAAUUCGAGUUCUUUGACAAUCUCAGAGAAAAUCUGUGCCUCAUUUUUCCCCAUCAUUGUACUCAUUGAAGCUUUGUUCUAUGCUGUUUCUGGUUGCUUCGAAUGCUAUUAUAAUCGUCCGAAGAAGAAGUUUGGUUAUGACUGCGCCGACCUUGCUCGACUUGCCGCUGAAUCUCGAUUUAAUGUAAAUGAAGUGGAAGCAUUGUAUGAGUUGUUUAAGAAGUUGAGUUGUUCAAUUAUCGAUGAUGGUUUGAUACAUAAGGAAGAGCUUCAGCUAGCCUUAUUGCAAACUCCAUCUGGUGAGAAUCUCUUUUUGGACCGGGUUUUUGAUCUUUUUGAUGAAAAGCAAAAUGGAGUCAUUGAGUUUGAGGAAUUUAUCCAUGCACUUAAUAUCUUCCAUCCCUAUGCUCCAAUAGAAGACAAAAUAGACUUUGCAUUUAGGUUGUAUGAUUUACGGCAAACUGGGUUCAUUGAGCGAGAAGAAGUUAAGCAAAUGGUAAUUGCAAUUCUGAUUGAAUCUGAAAUGAGGCUAUCUGAUGAACUGGUUGAGGAAAUUAUUGAUAAGACAUUUGCUGAUGCUGAUGCUGAUGGGGAUGGUAAGAUUGAUAAGAAGGACUGGAAAGAGUUCGUUAUUAGACACCCAUCAUUGCUGAAGAACAUGACUCUGCCCUAUUUGAAGGACAUCACUACUGCAUUCCCAAGUUUUGUCUUCAACACACAGGUUGAAGAUUCAGAGAAAAGCCAUUUGUUGUGACUAGUUGUGUACUAGACCAUAGCAUGGAGAUAUGAUCAGCACGGGGAAUUCCGCUAAUCUGGCCAAAUGCAGGGGAGGUGUUGGUCAUCAAGUCUAAAGCAGCAGCCAUCAGCUUUUCUUCUACUAAAUAAAAAUGGCUUAAGCUGUCAUUGGCAUCUCAUUCAUUUUUCACAAUCAAUCAUCAUAUUCCAUUGUAUUAGAUGAUGAUUUAAGAAGAUUGAUUGGUGAAUCUAUGUAUGUAUUUCUGUGCAGAUCUAGGUAUCUAGUUACAAUUUGCCGUCUCCGGUUGAUGUCAGAUUUUUCAAUCCAGUAGUUGGAUCCAAGAUUCUUCUGUCAA